AGACAAAGUCCCGCACCGUUUCCCUGGAACCCGCUGCAGUGCGCAAGCGUCCAACAUCUCCGUUUCCCUCCCUUCAGCCCCUUAACCUCUCCCCACCCCCACCUCCUUUCCCCAAGAAGCCGGCUCCAGGGCGCGUUCACCCCUGUAAGAAGGGCGGACACGGGAGGCGCUGUCUCCGCUCCCGGAAGAUCAUGUAUCAGCCCAGCAGGGGGGCGGCCCGGCGUCUCAGCCCCUGCCUCCGUACCUAUCAGGCUCGCCCCCAGGACCAGCUUUCUCCACGGGUUCUACCAUUCCCCCCACUUUGGCCCCACUCCACAGCAACCACUUCUCCAUCUAAUGUUCUCCGGUCUCCCCCACUCCCACCCACCCCUAUCUGGCUGCUUCCCAGAGCUCCUCCACUCCCUCUUCCUCAGAUCCAGGCCCUCAGCUCACCGUGGGUGGUUCUCCCUCCAGGAAAGGGGGAGGAGGGACCAGGACCUGAGAUGCAUAGCGGCUGCCUGGAUGGCCUUAGGAGCUUAUUUGAGGGACCUCCCUGCCCCUGUCCUGGGGCUUUGAUACCUUUCCAAGCCCCUGGGACUUCUUGCCCUUCCCCUGCCACUCCAUCAGGAGAUCCAAGUAUGGAGGAGCACCUGGCUAUCAUGUAUGAGAGACUGAGACAAGAGCUUCCCAAUCUCUUCCUUCACUCCCACGACUAUACUCUCUACUCAUCGGAUGUGGAAUUCAUCAAUGAGAUCCUGAACAUACGUACCAAGGGCCUAACAUGGUACAUUCUGUCACUGACCCUCUGCCGCUUCCUGGCCUGGAACUAUUUUGCACAGCUUCGGUUGGAGGUUCUACAGCUGACCCGCCACCCAGAGAAUUGGACCCUGCAAGCACGCUGGCGGCUUGUAGGGCUGCCCAUCCACAGGCUCUUCCUGCGUUUCUACAAGCGUGACAAGGAAGAGCUUUACCGGACCUAUGAUGCCUAUUCCACCUUCUACCUGAAUUCCAAUGGCCUCAUUUGUCGCCAUCGCCUAGACAAACUGAUGCCUUCACACUCACCCCCAACGCCUGUGAAGAAGCUGCUAGUGGGAGCCCUGGUAGCUCUAGGACUGUCAGAGCCAGAACCCAACUUACACCUGUGUUCUAAGACCUGAUCCAGGAACUGGGCUGAGGCAACACUGAAGAAUCUGCUAUAUACGCACAAGUGCUGGAGGUGACCUAGAAUCUCGGGAGCCAGCUUCCUCUUCUCUUUUUUUUUUUUUUUUUUUUUUUGCCAUCUCAUGCCAUGUAAAGAUGCUGUGUAAUUUAACUUGUAAAUAAUAAAGUCUACGUGAAUAUA